AUGCUCUUUCAACUGUUCCUCCUGGUGGUGCCGGCCCUGGCUGCUCCAGCUCUCGAUAAGAGAGCCAGCGCACCCACAGUCAGUAUUUCCCACCCCCAAGCUACCAUCAUCGGAUCAACAUUAGGCAACAUUGAUACCUUCAAUGGGAUUCCAUUUGCUCUUGCACCGACGGGAUCUCUCCGACUCAAGCCCCCUCAGGCAAUCGCAACUUCACUAGGAAUAGUGAGAGCGACAGGGACAGCCAUGUCCUGUCCCCAGUUCUACUUUUCAACAAGUACCAGCGAUUUCCUGUUAUCUAUCGUAGGUGAAAUCGCCGAUAUCCCGUUAUUUCAAACUGUCACCAAUGCUGGUGAAGACUGUCUAAAUCUCAAUGUCCAACGUCCUUCGGGUACUGCAGCUGGCGCAGGUCUCCCGGUCUUGGUAUGGAUAUUUGGUGGUGGUUUUGAACUCGGCUCCACGUCAAUGUAUGAUGGAGCAUCUAUUGUUGCCUCCUCGGUGACGAUGAAUAUGCCAGUCAUCUUUGUGGCAAUGAAUUAUCGUGUGGGUGGCUUCGGGUUCAUGCCCGGGUCGGAGAUUCUCAAAGAUGGUUCAGCGAACCUGGGUCUUCUGGAUCAGCGCCUGGCUCUGCAAUGGAUUGCGGACAACAUUGAAGAAUUCGGUGGAGAUCCAUCGAAGGUGACUAUCUGGGGUGAAUCGGCUGGUGCUAUCUCGGUCUUUGAUCAGAUGGCUCUAUAUGACGGUAACAUCACCUAUAAUGGCUCUCCACUGUUUCGAGGGGCAAUCAUGGACUCCGGGAGUGUUGUUCCGGCAGAUUCAGUCGAUGGAGCGAAGGGACAAGCAGUUUACGAUGCUGUAGUCAAGCAGGGAGGCUGCAGCGAAGCAACGGAUACACUCGAGUGUCUUCGGGGUCUGGAUUAUACGACUUUCCUCAAUGCUGCCAACUCAGUACCUGGAAUCUUGUCUUACAACUCCAUUGCCCUAUCCUACCUCCCUCGACCCGACGGGACCGUUCUUACUGAUUCACCAGAGGUCCUAGUUGCAGACGGCAAAUACGCCUCCGUGCCAUUCAUCAUCGGGGAUCAAGAAGAUGAGGGAACUAUAUUCGCUUUAUUCCAAUCCAGCAUUAUCACGGAGACAGAAGUAGUCGACUAUCUGCAAGAUCUGUUCUUUGCCGAUGCCUCGCGAACACAACUUGAGGAUUUAGUUGCAACUUAUCCCGACAUAACAACUGAUGGCUCUCCAUUCCGAACCGGAAUUGCCAAUAACUGGUAUCCCCAGUACAAGCGCUUAGCAGCCAUUCUAGGUGACCUGACCUUCACUUUAACCCGGCGCAUAUUUCUCACGAUUGCCAACCAAGUUAAGCCCGAUGUUCCCUCCUGGUCCUAUCUGUCGUCAUACGACUAUGGCACUCUCCUCUUGGGAACAUUCCAUGGUUCGGACAUUCUGCAAGUCUUUUAUGGGAUCCUGCCAAAUUGGGCAUCGAAGGCUACGCAUGCGUACUACUUCUCAUUCGUUUACGACUUGGAUCCUAACUCCAGGGCCACGAGCUAUAUGGAUUGGCCACAGUGGAGCACGAAUCAAAGCUUAAUGAACUUUUUCAGUGAUCAUGGAGCUCUCCUUGCUGACAACUUCAGAGAGGACACUUUUGACUUUCUCAAGACAAAUGUCGCGUCUUUUCACAUCUAG